AUGAAUGCAGGGAGACUUAUGAAUGAUUGGACAUUGCCAAUCUAUGCCUUUUUCGAGCCAAUACCAGCAAUUGAGUACCAUGACAAGCACAAUGCCAUGUCUUUAAAUGUACUAUGCAUGGCUGUAAACACAAAGUCCAGUGAUACCUUGAUAAAAAGACACAAAAUAAACCAGCAAUAUGCGAAAGCAUAUCAAGAGUUAUUGGGAAGAACCUGCCUUACAAUCAGCAAUGGCUUUAGGAAACACUGA